AUGCAACUCAGCUCUUCCAUCUUAUUUACCGUGCUUGCCUCGUUGGCAUCUGCUUAUCCGGUCCAAAGAACCCCAUUGAAACUUGAUUUCAACGUCACCAGAACCGUCACCGGGGAUAUCAAACCACCUUCUCCUAUCGAAGAACCAAACGUCCCAGGGAUUUUGGUCAAGCACAGAACCACCAACUCAUCCAGAAGUGCCCUAAUGCGUAUUGAAAACGAUUAUUCAUUAUACGUUGCAGAAUUCGGUCUUGGUACCCCAGCUCAAACUUUCAAGAUUCAAAUCGAUACCGGAUCUUCUGAUUUCUUCGUUCCAGCAGUCAACAGUUCUUCUCAAUAUGGUACUUUCGACCCAUCGAAAUCCUCAACUUACAACCAAACCAGUAAAGAUUUUGAAAUCAUGUAUGGUGAUAGAACUUACGCCAAGGGUAAAUGGGCUUAUGAUGAUUUAACUUUCGGGAAUGUGGAAUUGAAAAACAUUUUUUUUUCUGCUGCUACUAACCAAACCACUGGUGAAGGGGUUUGUGGAAUUGGUUUCCCUACUAAUGAGGCCAGCAACUAUCCUGGCGGGUUCAUGUAUGAUAACUUACCAGUGCAAUUGGUCAACCAAGGUUAUAUCUCCAAGAACGCUUAUUCAUUAUACUUGAACUCUGAAGAAGCCAGCUCAGGGUCUGUGUUGUUUGGAGCCAUUGAUCAUGCCAAAUAUCAAGGUGAAUUACAAACUUUCGAUAUUGUUGAUAUCGAUGAUGGCGGUGACAAGACUUCUACUCCAUACGCUUUCUACAUCAACUUGGAUAGUGUUUCUGUUAACAAUACCACUUAUAUCAAUACUGCUUACCCAGCCUUGUUGGACUCCGGUACCACUUUGCUCUAUGCUCCAACUGAAGUUUACAAGAAAGUCGGGGAAACUUACGGUACUUACAGCAAUGAUGACGAAGGAUAUGUUACCACUUGUGGAGCCACUGGUCCAAACUUCGAUUUCAAAUUCAACAAUUUAACCAUUAGUGUCCCAUUCAAGGACUUAUUAUUCUCUUUGGAGGACAAUGGAAGCAUGGGGGCCAAUGAUAAAUGUAUGAUCGGGUUGCAAAAUGCGGGAUCCUCAACAUACAUUUUGGGUGAUGUUUUCUUGAGAUCUGCUUAUGUCGUGUACGAUUUGACCGAUGCGAAGAUCUCUAUGGCUCAAGUUAAAUACACUGCUGAAGAAGAUAUUUCUUUCAUUUGA